AUGGCCACACGCGCCGGUUACACGGCGUUAACGCCCGAGACGACCGCCUUCCCGCCGAGAUACGUUGAGGAUGAUUCUGAGGCAAUUCAGCGGCACGCGACCUCCAAAUCCAGCCUUUCUGCCGCUGUCACUGGUAGCGGUGCAUACCGUAGAUACGCGAAUGCGUUCCAGGGACUCGUGGAUCUCAACGCAGGGCUGCUACUCGUCGCGCUCGCCCAGCUAUGCUUCGCCUUCGUGAACGUUAGCAUCAAGGUGCUGAAGGACACUGAUACCCCGAUAGCCACCCUGCAAGUUGUGCUUGUUCGAAUGUCAGUAACUUACGUCUGUUGCAUUGGCUUCAUGUUCUGGAAGAAGGUACCGGAUCCGUUCCUGGGCCCGAAGGGUGUGCGCCUGCUGCUUGUCUUCCGCGGUUUCAUCGGAUUCUUUGGCUUGUUCGGUGUAUACUACUCGUUGCGCUACCUAUCUCUGUCCGACGCGACCGCAAUUACCUUCCUCACUCCAAUCUUCACCGGUAUCGCGAGCGCGAUCUUUCUCAAAGAGCCAUUGUCAAAGAAGGAACUCCUUGCUGGAUUAUUCAGCUUUGUAGGCGUCUUGCUCAUCGCACGACCUGAGUUCCUAUUCGGACCUGCCGCGCACGCCGAUCCUGCUACAGACGAUUCGUCUUCCUCACGCGCCACACCUCAGGAGAGACUGAUUGCAGUCGGAGUGGCUCUCAUCGGCGUGGUGGGGCAGACGGGCGCAUAUACCUCUAUCCGUGCUAUUGGCAAACGCGCCCACCCGCUACAUUCAUUGGCCUUCUUCGCCUCACAAUCCUGCGUUGUCGCUGGCAUCGGAAUGGUGAUUACUCACCAACAGGUUCUCAUCCCUCUUCGAUGGGACUUUUGGGGCCUAUUCGUUGUCAUUGGCGUUGGUGGCUUCCUGGCUCAGACUCUCUUCACGAUGGGACUACAGCGCGAGGCUGCCGGACGAGCGACUCUCGCGAUCUAUGUCGGAGUCGUCUUUGCGAUCGCGCUCGAGAAGAUAUGCUUCGGCACAUCGCCUACUGUACUAUCCAUGGUCGGCACAGCCAUCAUCCUGAGCUGUGCUCUCUACGUUGCACUCACGAAGAAGAGCAACGUGGAGCCCAAACGAACUGCUACCCGAGCUUCGGAAGACGCUGCGUUAGAGCAGGGUCUGCUGAGCCACGAGAACGACGCGGACGAGCACGAGUUGCAGUCUGUAGACGUCGGCAAGCCGUCAAGGAUCGAGAUAGAGAGGGUAGCUCCCAAUGUGUCGGCAUAA